AUGUCGUCUCUUCAUGGCUUGGCCCCAGUCCGCAAGGAUGUGAUCAUCAUCGGAGGAUCGCUUUCCGGCCUCUUGCACGGCAUCAUCCUGCACCGUCUCGGAUGCUCCGUACGGAUUCUGGAAAAAUCCCCACGAAGUACUCCCGUAUCCCACAUGGCAGGGGUGGCGUUGGGACCCGACGUGCUGCAAUUUUUAUCACGGUUCGACUGUGUCCAAGACGUUGCAAGUCUGGGAAUUCCUUCAGAGCUUCUUCAAUCGUUGGAUUCCAAUGGCCAGCCACACCCGUUUUUGUACGCUACCAGGAUCAUGUCCUCUUGGGGUGCCCUGUACUUCCGCCUGCGUGCCAACUAUGACGGCCUAUCUAGUGAAUAUAAGAAUGCGGUGGCUCGACGAUAUGCGGGAUACGUAGCCUGGAGGGGUGUGGUUCGAGAGAGCGAGGUCAGCGACGAGACGCAGCAUAUCUUCCGAAAGAACAUCACAUAUUCCGUCCUCAAAUCCCACGGCGCGCAUGUCAUUGUGUACUAUAUCCCCGGUGAAGCCGGAUCCGUAGAGCCGGGCCAACGCUUGCUCAACUUCUGCUGGUACUCCAACGAGAACACCUCCCAUCUCGACUCGAUCCUCACCGACACCUCCGGCCAUAAACACCGCAUCACAGUCCCGCCACAUAGACUCCGACCCGAGAUCUGGGCUCGCCAGCAGAAACUCGCCGAGACCAUCCUCGCCCCACCCUACCUGGAGAUCGUGCGAAAGAUAUCCGCCCCGUUCGUGCAUCUUAUCACCGACCACUGCUCGCCACAGGCGUCGUUCCUGAACGGCAAAGUGCUUCUGGUAGGGGAUGCAUCCGCGCUCCUGCGCCCACAUAUUGCCUUCUCGACCAACCAGGCGGCGUACCAGGCUGGUCUGACGGAGCGCCUGGUGAAGGGGGACAUACGCCUCGACGAAUGGGAGUACCAAGUUACAGUGGCAACGCAUCUACACUGGCGGCGCAGCGUGUGGUUUGGGAAUUUUUUCCAGCGGUCGUGGCCGUCGGCCCUAUGGAGUGCCGUGCUGUAUUGGGCUCUGGUGGUGGUGAAUGCGAUCCGUACCUGGAUGGGGUGGUUACCAAAGCAGGCGGUUUAA